CCCGACGAAAGUCCUAAUCUACGUACUCGAUCGUGUCGUGUCGUGUCCGUAUGACCGCACAAAGGAACGUGCUGUUCUCUGUUGCCUUUAGCUGCCGACCAGACGCAACCAUGGCCAAGCUUUCAGAUCUACCAUCCGAGCUACUGGAGCAGGUCUUGCUAUAUCUACCUCAGUCAGCCUACUGUUCCCUUUCCCGGGUGAAUAAAGCGCUCUACGGCAUCACUACAUCGUACUUGUACCGCGACAUUACUCUUCUGGCUCGAUCCAGGGAUCACACCCCCCGGGUAGACAGGCUCUUCUUCAACAUCCUGGAUAACCCAAAACUGGGGAAGCAUGUAAGAAGCCUCACAGCAGGCGUGUGCACCCAAGAACCAUGCCGCGAAGUGAGACUAUGCAUGCCUAUCGACAACAAGGCCGAACAUCGACUAUCUGUCGAAAAGGCCAUGAGGUUUAUUGAUAAAUGGCAGCCUGUUGUCCAAGCGGAAGAUUUCCUUGAUGGUCUGGACGCCAAUGACUACGGGGUCUAUUUUGCCUUGCUGUACCUGUUGGUCCUUCCCACGCUACAAUGCAUCAACAUUUCCGAGAUAGGCGACGAGACUUUAAGACCUCUCAAGUACACUCUAGACAAUAUCAGAACUGAAGAGGCGACCGGAAAUACUCAACUUCUUGGACGUCUGGGGUCAGUCAAGGAGGUGACAUACAACUUCCAACACGAUAUGACCAGUCCUUUUCCGCGGUCAGGCACGAACGACCUGUGGAGCUCUUUGAUCAUACACUCGAUCGAAUCUUUGGAGCUAUCAGCAUGCCGCGAAUGGUCGUCGUUUUCUCGUCCCGGUGCCCCGGUUCCCCGUUUCGCUCGGUUCCGAAACUUCCAACCAGCAUCCACAUUGAUGUUCCUUACCACAUUUGUUAUGCGUUGUACCGUGAACGUUGCUGAGACAUUACAUGGAAUUCUCCCACAGACUCCACAGCUCCGCUCGCUGACUUGUGAGGCGUUCUGCGACACCAGCCGAAAUCCUCUAAAUGCAGACACGGCUGGGGCGACGCCACCAUGGAUACUGCUCGAACAGUGGAAUGCGGAACUCAACACGGUCAAGAAUACUUUAGAAACCUUAGUACUCAGCGUGGAGUUGAGCAAUGGGGACUGCACGUUUUUCAGGCAACCUGACCUCAAACCACACGUCAGUGGCCGGCUCAACUUGAGCAGGUUCGAUCGAUUGCACACGCUCGAGGUGCCUGUGCCCUUCCUGACAGACGACGCUUUCCUUUGGAUCGGUUCGGACACGAAUUUCUCGCCAUAUGCUCCACCAAAUCUUCGUCACCUCACACUUCGUACGGAUAUGACAGAGGCACAAUGGGUGUACCCUUGGGACACAUCAAUCAGGGAGAAAGGGCCUACGUUCCAAGAGUCGAAAGAAGAAGCCUGGGUGAAGGACCAAGCUAGAAUGGACUUGACCUGCGUUUUUCAGAUAGCGCUGGCUCUGAUAGACCAACUGCCGGAUCUGCAGUCUUUUUCCGUCUGGCAGCCUCCAGACCCCUCCCUCGACAUGUUCGGCUAUCAAUUGGAGGACUUGCGCACAUCCUGUAAAAACAAGUCCAUCACCGCGAGAGUCGUCUAUCCGAUGUUACUUCGACGGAAGUCGACCGUCCAUUGGGAUUUGGCACGGGAGGUUACACUCUUUGAUUCACAGUUCCCCGAUAGCGGAUCGGUCGCCCGGAUGUUUCGUGGCGAACGACGUGGCAUACCACUUGGACUUGCUUCGCAGUAUCACUUGGGUGAAUUCAGGAAGAAUCAUGUCCGCAGGCAUAGGUAAUCAUUGAUUGUACACAGGCACUGGUGAGGACACAAGAUCUCUUCGAGCGCACCUCUAGUGCAGAGUUGUAAAAAGAAAGAUUUGAAGGACGUCACAGAUAG